CUAGUGUUAUAGAGAGCCCGCAAAAUAAAUGAAGGGUCCCUUUUUCUAAACAGAGCAAACUCUGUUAUGGACACACGAACCUGCUCUGGACAAAUGAAUCGGGCUGAUUCGUUUGAAAUAAUGUUGCUGUUUGGGGGACAUCAGCAGGUAGCCAUCUGGAAUGGUUGCUUUAUGGAGACUGCAGGGUACUUUUAAAACAUAAAAUCAGCUUAGAAAUACAGCUGAAGAGAAUGUAAAGCAGAGAGGGGGCGGUGUCGUGUGUUCUGUCAUAUGUAGCUCACUUCCCCUUAUUACGAAGUGUUUACAAACAAAACUCUGAUAAACUCCAGGGUACACCAAAAAGCUGUCGCUGCUUUUAAUUAGUGCUUUUAAUUAGGAACCAUCAGCAUGUCCAAUCGUCACAAUCUGGUGUGCCGUGGAAAACAGGCUCCGUUUUCAAUAGAAAGAAAUUUUAGAAGAGUGGGUUUCUUUUCAAACAUCAUUUGCUACAUGUGGGUUCAGGGAUUCGGCUGGAAGAGGUGAGCAGGGUGGUGGAGGGAAGAGAAGAGAGAGGUAGUGGGGAGAGGUGGAGCUUGGACAAACUGGGGGCAGGGAGAGUACACCAUGCCCACAGGAAACACAGUACCCAGCUCUUAUGUCAUGCUUGUCUCUCUCUCUAAGUCUAAAGUGCUUUUCAUUAACCCCAUUUCACAGAUGGAGAAACUGAGUCCCAGUUGAGGUUCUGUCCACUAGGUAACACUCUUUUCUACUCACUGCCCAUUGCAAUUCCUAGGUGAUUUUGUUCUGUGGCAGGAAAAUGACACUGUAAUUUGGGGUGUGUUUCCCCCCACAGGGACACAGAAGAGCUCACAGUUAUCUUUGGUAAAGUGUUCAAAAAGGACAGAAACAUGCUUCCCGGUCUGUCUGAGAAGGAGACUGAGGAAAUCAAGGCUGCCCUGGAAACAGGAGACCUUCCCCUAGCGGCCUACGUGGUGCAGAGAUCUGACGAGCUGCUCAAAAACACCGAGCUCAACAUCGCGAUCACGGGGGAGUCGGGCGCUGGCAAAUCCUCUUUCCUUAAUGCUCUCCGGGGCCUGAGCGAUGAAGACCAAGGCGCCGCGGAGACUGGGGUGACAGAAACAACCAAACAGCUACAGCGGUACCAGCAUUCUAAGUACCCCAAUGUGAUCUUCUGGGACCUGCCCGGGAUUGGGACCCCAGAUUUCCUGCCUGCCACUUACCUGAGGCAAGUGAUGUUUAAUCGCUAUGAUUUCUUCAUCAUCAUCGCUUCAGAUCGGUUCCGAGCCAACNNNNCCCUCCUGGCCCGGCAGAUCCGCAAGAUGGGGAAGAAGUUUUACUUUGUGCGCUCCAAGGUGGAUGUGGACCUGUACAACGAGAAUCGCAAAAAGGGCUUCUGUGAGGAGAAGAUCCUGGAGAAGAUCAGAAAAGACUGCAUCGAGCGUCUCUCCAAAGAGGGGAUCAGUUCCCCCCGGGUUUUCCUCGUGUCGAGCCGGGAGUUCCAGAAAUACGAGUUCCCCAAGCUGCAGAAGAAGUUGCUGAAGGAACUGGACAGUCACAAGAAACACCUGUUCCUCAUGGCCCUGCCCAACCUGUCCCAGCCCAUCUUGGAAAAGAAGAAAAAGCUUCUGCAGGGGCAGAUCUGGAAGCAGGCGCUGAAGUCCUGCGCCAUCGCGACUGUGCCGCUGCCGAUGCUCUCGGUGAGGUGCGACGUGGACACGUUGGUGGACAGCAUGCGGCAGUACUGUGAGAGCUUUGGCCUGGACGACAUUUCCCUCAAUGCCCUCGCCCUCCAGGUUCGGAAGAGGGUGGAAGACCUGAAGUCCGUGGUCAGGUCUCCGUUGGCCAAAGACAUCUCCAAGGAAACAGCCGAGACGCUGCUGAGACAGGCCACAGGGGAAGGGCUGCUGAUAGCAAAGCAUUUCGUCAGCAUGAUCCCACUGGCGGGGACUGUCUUUGCGGCAGAGCGGUCUUUCACCGUGAUUUACAGGAUGCUGAACAGCUUUCUGAAUGGGGUUGCUGAAGAUGCCCAGAGAGUCCUGGUCGAGGCCUUGGCCAAAGAAGAGGAAGAGAAUGAAGACCACUGAGCUGUGGACCUGCCUCUGGCCGAUGGAGACUGGAGCCAACAGAGGACUAUGGCAGAUUCUUCUGUGCUCAGAUCUAAUGCAGCCUUCAUCACCUUGAUCAAUCAGCCCCCAGAUAGCGCAACGUGACUCCCAUUCUUCUCUUAUCCCGGCCACCCUUCGCCACGUCCAGGCCUUCCACCAGCUGAUCAUCCUGGCUCUUUGUGGGUCCAUCACGUGGUUGUUUCUAUUCUCAUGGGGACCCCUCGGCGACAGCCACGUCGAUUCUCCGUGAGCUUCGCUCUAGGCCCGUCGCAUUUUCCUGGACCUGCAUUUGACGAUUUUGUGCGCUUCAAUUGUACGCUUUCCACCCCGCUGUCUGGUUGCCUCACUGGUGUCUCCCCCAUGGACUGAAAGCAUGUACAAAAUGCCUCUCUUUUGUUCCUGUUCUGGCAUGCAGUAGGCCUCCGGGGUAUUCCACUAAGCUACCUGAUUUCCUCUGUUUCUAACUGAAAAUUGUUAUAAACAUCCAGUGCCCCCCACUCCUGACGACAUGCACAAAGACAGAUGAUUUCACUGGAUCAUUUUUCUCCUCUGCCCUUGUGUUGGUGCACGGCUCUUCAAGCGAGCCUAUUCACUAGUGAGCCAUCUGGUUCAGAAAGUCACGCAGAUUCUUGAGCCUAAUCUAACCAGAAUUUAUUCACAUGACAGCAGACCAAAGACCAGUGGAAACACAGAGGAUGGAUAGAGAAGCAUUGAGUCUACCAUGCUAACACAGGCUAACAUGGGUUCUCUGAACAUCACAUCUGUUAGCAAAUAUUGAUUCCACUGGAGAAGGAAUGUGAAGGUUUUCCUAAGUCACUAGAUAGGACCCUUCUCUGGCUUUAAGGGAGGUUGCUGUGCGUCUCUGAGGAGAGAGGAUAUUGGGGCUCUAUCUACAUGGCAGAGUUUUUGCUCAAAAACUCACGGAGCAACCACACCUCAAGUGCAUUUUUGCUCAAGAAAAUGUAUAGUGAAUUGACAGAACAGAGGGGUGUUUGCGGUGUGGGUAUUCCUCUUUCUUCGAGGAAUAACUCGUUUUGGGGCAAGAGCUCUUGUGCAAAAAGGUGUGUGUGGAUGGGAAACAG